AUAAGUAAGGUGGGGGUAUUCUAGACAUUACACACCCUUUUUAAGUGUGUGGAAAGAUAGUUUUAAGAUGGGAAAAAAAAGAAAAAUGGGAAGAACUUUUUAGGAGAGAGUACAUUAUUUCAUUAUUACAUUAUUUCAUUAUUUUUCAUAUAAACUCUACGGAGGGUUAACGCUUAUGGCACUCUUCAGAACCGCAGAAGCGGGCCUGACACCGACCAUCACAAAUUGCUCCGUUGUCGCCGUCGAUCACUCUAAUAUUUACUACAGAGUCUGCGCCGGAUGCGAAAGGCCCCUUGCUGAUCCCAAUCCGGAUGAUCCUUCACCUGCUUGCAUACCCUGUUGCUCUUCCAAUGCUCUCAGUCCCGCAUCCUUUGCUUCCAAGCGCCUCUUCCGCGUCCUCAUGUCUAUAGCUACGGAUACCAAGGUGUUCGUAGUGAUACUGUUUGACAGAGCGGCUAGGGUUCUGUUUGGUUGUUCUGCUGAUGAGUUCUUUGAGUACGCCAAGAGUCAUCCUUUCGCAGCCAGAACUGCAGGCAAGGCUCUAGAGGGAGAGAUGUUGAGGGUGACAUUGUCACAUCCCAAAAAUGGGAAUGCACGUGAUCUUAGAGUGGUUUCAGUAGUUCCAUUGAGAUCUGGUUUUCAGCCGAUAAUUACAACCUUGAAGGAAUUGUAUGAAAUGAAAGAUGGCUUGUAAUUAUCUUCUUGAUUGAUGGAUGUCACAGCAGCAUAUCUAAUUAACAUCUUCACUGGCUGGCUCUUUUAUUUUUCUCCUCCUCCAUUAUGUUUCUGGACAUCAUUUUUUAUAUGUUUGUAUACAAUUUGUAUUCAAACAAACUUUUGGAGAACACUCUCUUUUGAUUCAAAAGCACAUGCGACAUGGAUAUAUCUUUCAUAUUUUGCUAAUCUCCAGAUACUAAUUUAUUUAUUUAAUUGCUGAGAUAUCCUGGAAUGAGGAGGUGGCUGAUAAAUGAAGAAUAGGUUGUGUG